AUGCUACUCGGAGCAUCGUUGAAUAAUCCAGGCGUAGCCAUUGCAUCAUGCGGAUCCAUAGAAUUCGAUGUGACUCUUUUCCGGGGAAGCCGUGGUUUCGGAUUUUCUGUUCGAGGUGGUAACGAUGUAAUUUCGUCUCCCCUGACGAUUGUGCGUAUAUCUGCUGGUUGUGCUGCACAUAUGGACGGACGCUUGCAGGUAAGACCUAAUGUAUUGCUCAAAAAGCGAUCAGGUUACAGUCUUUUUUUACAUUGGGAUUUAUGCCCUGACAUUGAUUAA